UUUUUCGAGCGUGUAAAUGUGGGUGAUUGUCAGCUGUUUUGUUAUGAUCUGUGGAUAUCAUAGAUUUUUAUGUAAAGUUUGGUCGAAUUUUUUUUUUUAAAUUCAAGUAAAAUAUUGAUAGCAAAUAGAAUUAAAAUUAGCUAAAAAAAAGUUUCUCGUGAAAACUUUCCUUAGAUCAAUGAACACAUGUUGAUUGAAAGAUGCCAAUCGACCGUAAAAAUAACAUAACUCGACAAUCGGACGAUGAGGAAGAAUUUUUCAAACCAACGUCAAAUUCCACGUUGGCAAAAAUUUUCGGUAUAUCAAAAGAAAGCAUACCAAAAAAAUUAUCAUCCACAGAAGUCCCUAAAUCAAAUCAGCUUUCUGAUCGUUACGGCGCCUCAUCGUUUAGGUAUAUCCCACCACAGGAAACGGUAGAGUCUGACGACAGUAAAAUUACAGACAGGACAACAGAAAAUUGGAAACUUCUACAGGCUAGUGUAGUUUCUGCAUUCAAACUCAUCAAUAAUGAGAACCUGCCCCAAGGAAAACUAGGACUGGCUCUGCUAUGUUUAGAGGCCGAAUAUAGAAUAAUAAUAUAUCGAACCAAAACGGACAUUCUGGCCACUCUGAACAUUUAUCCGUCUACAACACUGAUGCUUAAAAAUAGUUAUUUCCAAUUCCACAGCGAGGAUGGAUGUUUUUGGAGUGUCAUUUUUGAUCACAUAAUGGAACGUGAUCAACUAUUGAAGCAAAUCAAUGAAAUUUGCACGAUUGAUCAAGACGACAAACCUGUACCAGCUUCGAGGACUAUUCCAUUUGUAGAACUACCGGACUCGGAUACCGAUAAAACAAAAGCAAGUUUAAUCACCAGGAUGGCCAGAGUAGGACAAUCGAUUUAUCCACAAGAUAAGCCUAUGUCGACUACCGAAGUCAGCGAUUCAUCCGAUACGGAUGUUCGAAUUGAAACCCUUCCCCGACCAAACAUCUCGUCACACCGCCGAAUCAUUAAUUCUGCAAAAAAUUACCCCGUUGCAAUCGGUAUGCAAAUGGUUCCGUCUUCCACAAAUGCUCUUAACACUACUAUGAGUGGUCAAAGCAUGCUGGCGACAGCUGCCGACGUGAACAUUAAUAUGUUUCUUACCGAAAAUCGCAUGCAAAAUACUGAACUUAGAAUGAACCUAUCUAAGAUUGAAACCAAGUUAGAACGAGUGCUUGACAGGAUCGAUCUACUAAAUAAUUUAGGUACAAAGGAAGCAAAUCAAGUGAUUGAUAAAGACGAAGAUAUGCUGCAACUAGAGGAGAAGAUAUUAGAAUUGAAAAGAGAAAAUCAUUCGUUGAAAGGAAGGAUUCGAAGCUUGGAGACGGAAGCUGUUACUAGCAAAGAAAAUAUAAGGACCAAAAAUCAACUACUGGAAACUGAAGUCGAAUGUGAAAAAUUAAAAGAUGAGAUAGAAAAAUUACAAAACGACAUUCAGGAAAGUCAUGAGAACAAUCAGUUGAGAAGUAAUGAAAUUGAUAGGCUGAAUCAGGAACUUUUGGGUAGAAAUGAAAUCAUAGAGAAGACCGCUAAGGAUUUAAAAGUGCUCGAGGAACAAAUAAAAGCGCAUCAGAGUACAGAAAACUCUUUAAAUGAUGCAAAUAAGUUACUGACGAAUGAAUUAGACUGCUUACAACAAACUAUCGCCAGUAUGGAGCAGAAAUUAGUAGAACAAACAAAAGAAUUGAAAACGAACGAUAGUACAGUACUGGGCGACAUGGUAAAAGAAAUAAUGAACAGCUGUUUCCAACGAAUAUCGGAUCAAAUUGAUGACGCAAGUGUUUUGAAGAUCGUUGGACAAGCAAUUAAACAAGAAACGAAAUCUGUACUUCAAAAACAGAAAUAGAACUUGUUCAGCGAUUAGAUCUAGUUGCUCUUACUCUCAAAUAUUGCUGGCAACUUAGACGAAUACUUACAUGAUUUUAUAGCUUUGAAGCAAAAAAAAAAGAAUCGUGAUUGAAAAAAUAAAAUUUGCAAAACAUUACAAUUGAAUAGUGCGACGCUUUGUGAGAGAAGAACAAAAUUUAUUUUCAGAUGUUGAUUGUGUAAGCGAAAUUCCUGCUUUUAAUAUUUAUGGAAUCCGGGGUCCAGUAUAGACGAAGUUGGUUUGAUUGGCCAGUAACUGCUAUGAGUAAGGUGAAUGCCAGCAAACCGAAGAAUAUUGAAAAACUAAAAGAUAAUAUCACAGCGGAAAUUGCUGCUAUAAAAACCCGAAAUAGGUUCAAAAACAUCACAGAAUGCCCAAAAUAAGUUUAUGAAAUUCAGUUGAGUCAUCUCUGAGAUUUUGUUUUUUUUAUUACAAUUAUAGAGGUUUCAGCUUACCUUUCGAUUUCCAACCAUGCACACAGGGUCGAAGGUUUUUCUGGUCCGAAGUGUUGAAUGACUUUAAGGUUGAAACCUUUGUAAUCGAAAACAAAAAAACAACACCAUUUGUUUCAAUUUCGUCAUUUUUAGAAACAAAGGAUUACCUAUUUAUAUUUGUUUGAUAUUUGAGAUAUUUGUACGACUUGUUGGGAGUAUCGUAUGCUCAUUUGAUAGUUUUUCCAAUGUUUAAUAAGUUUUAGAGGUAUUCAUACUUCCUUUUCUAAGUUAUCGUUCUACUCCAUGUUCACGUGUUCGUCAAAUCCUAAAGGGUCCCUAUCAUUAUCACUUUUUUUUGCAGCCAUGUUUUUGAAUAUUCCACAUUUCGAGGAUAUAACAAAAUGAAUUUGAUUUUCUGAUGGCAAGAGAUUUUCGAAAGACUUCAACUGAUCAGAAACUUCUUAUGCUCGAGCUUUUGGGUUAACGAUAAGCUUUGGAAAAAAUAGUUCUGUAUUAUCCCACCGUAUGAUAUAACAUACGUUCAAAUUUUAAAACAAUUUCUUAUUGUUUAACAUACAUUUUUGGAAUUUAGCUACAGAAAUUCUAGUUUGAAUUUUUGGCAAUGGUUUAUCAAAAGAUGGAAGUUUUACCUUUUGGUUUCGAACAUAAGAUUCACACGAGCUUCCUUUAUGUUCCCAGUCCACAAGAAAGUCGAUAAAAAGGAUAUAAACAACUACCGCGGUAUCAUUUCCCUCAGCGCUAUACCAAAGCUGUUCGAAAAGGUUAUACUGACACCAAUUUUCAAUCACUGCAAGCAAUAUAUCGUCGAUACUCAACACGGUUUCAUGCCUAAUCGCUCAACAACCACAAACUUACUAUCGUUUUUGUCUUAUGUGUUUGAUGCAAUGUCUAACGGUUUACAAACGGACGUUAUCUACACAGAUCUUUCUUCCCCUUUCGAUAUAAUCAAUCACGACAUCACGGUUGCUAAGUUGGACAGACUUGGAUUCAGUUCGAACAUUCAUCGUUGGUUGCAGUCGUAUCUUAGGAAUCGUUGUUUAGCAGUUAAAAUUGACGAUCAUACUUCCGGAGAGUUCCUCGCAUCAUCCGGAAUACCACAGGGAAGUCAUCUAGGACCGUUAAUAUUUUUACUGUGCUUCAAUGAUGUCAAUUUUGCCUUGGAAGGUCUUCGCUUAUCGUUUGCUGAUGAUGUCAAGAUCUAUCACAUCGUCCGCAACUUAGAAGACGCAGCCUUUCUCCAUCGGCAAUUUUUUUUUUUUUUUGUUUCGAUUAUAGAGGUUUUAACCUUAAGGUCAUUCGCCUCUUCGGGCCAGAAAAAUUUUCUGACCCUAUGUGCGGGGUUGGGAAUCGAACCCAGGUGGGCUGCGUGAAAGGCAUCGACUUACCCAUCACGCUAUACCCGUCCCCCCACGGCAAUUGUUAAUCUUCGCAGAUUGCUGUAAAGUUAACCGUAUGAUUGUAAAUCCCGACAAGUGCUCUGCCAUUACUUUUACGAGGAGAAAAAUGCCAUUGCAUGUCGAAUACUUUCUGGAUGGAUUCUUGAUUGGAAGAUCGACUAGCGUUAAGGAUCUUGGCGUCCAUCUCGAUGAACAACUUACAUUCAAGCAUCACAUCAGUUACAUUAUAUCUAAAGCUUCCCGUAGCUUAGGAUUCUUAAUGAAAAUAACUAAGUACUUUACAGACAUACACUGUCUAAAAUCGCUUUACUGCUCGCUUGUUCGUUCAACUCUCGAAUAUUGCUCGGCAGUUUGGAACCCAUGCUACCUGAACGGUGCUCAUAGAAUUGAGAGAAUACAGCGCAGAUUUGUUCGCUUCGCUCUUCGCCGAUUGCUGUGGACCGAUCCUCAUCAACUACCUAGUUAUGAAAGUCGUGGGUUAUUAAUGGGUCUCGACACAUUACAAGUGCGACGAGAAUUAUCACGCGCUUUGAUAAUAGCAGAUAUAUUCAACAGUAGGAUCGACUGUCCCGUUUUGCUCAACGAAAUUAAUAUUAACGUGCGACCCAGAGCUCUCCGCAACAGUGCUUUUCUUCGACUUCCUAUACGACGUACCAACUAUGGCGAAACGGUUCUAUUAUUGGUUUACAGAGAUCGUUAAACCGUGUUUCAUCUGGGUAUGAUUUUAAUGUGUCACGAAGCAGAAUACGUAUAAAUUUUCUGAAUAUUAUUAGGAAUUAUCAUUAGGACCAAAUUGUGUCUGUUGAUUGUAAAUAAAUAAAUAAAUGAAUAUGUUGCAUACUUUUCCUUGGUCAUUUGUGUGUACUUUGCAAGGUUAUAAUACACAUAAAACGUUGACACUUGAAAACAAUUUUAAUAUACAAAGAAAUUAGAAGUGUAAACUAUCAACUAGUGCUCUAGUAAAGCCGCUAGGUAUUAAACUUCUAAAGUAAACAUGUAUUAAAAUAUAGAAAGUUAGUAUGCUAUAUCAUACGCUAGGAUAUAAUGGGUUAAGCAUUAAAAAUCGAAUAAUGCACCGUACCACAAGUCGAUCGUUACGAUGGGUAAAUUACAUGAAUUGAAAUUCGAAUUACUAAAGCAUCCACCAUAUUCACCUGAUUCAUCCCUACGCAACUGUUUUCUGUUCUUCAUUUAAAAAAAGCUGGCUGAAAAAGAGAUUUCCAUCGAAUGAUGAGGUAAUCAAUGGGUUUGAAGCGUUUGAAGAGACUAAGAAGGAUUCGUUAUAUAAAAACGGUGUAGAAAUGUUGGAGCACCGUCGAAACAAUUGCAUUGCCCUGCAAGAAGAAUACAAUGAUGAAUAAAAUCUAAAUUCGAAAAAAAGGUUUGUUUUUGUUGGGAUUUUUUGGACCGACGUGUUAUUUAACCCGCUUCAUCUGUUAUAAAUCCGCUUUAUCUGUUAUAAAAAUGGGUUUUCUUCGUAAAGUGAUUCAAAUAAACAAUUCUAUGGGAGAUUGUUUGCAUGCUCUAGUUCAGCCUCUGAGGUGUAUUUUUCAUCAAUUUGUACAACCGCAAUUCAAAGCGUUUAACUUUUUGCCUUUCUCAUAUAGAAAGGCUAUGUGAUCACUAAAAUCGACUUUUCAACCGAGGCCUGGAAGGUCGAAUGUCAUAUACCAUUCGAUUCAGUUCGACG